AUCAAGGUUUGCAGUGGGUGCCUGCACAUUGUGUCAGACCAUUCCUGAAGAAGCUCAAGCCAACAGCUGAAGAAGAAGCAGCGGCACCUGGUGGUGAAACCAAUUUGCUACCUGACAUACAGCUAGACGACAACAACAGAGGGUGAUACACAAUUGACUAGUCCCAACCCUUUGGGACAAUGUAACGUAGCCUCUCUGAUCAUCUGUACAGCAUGUCAACCAUGUUGAACUCCUGGAGAAGAAGGUGGCCCUGACAGCAGAGGAGCAGCAGCAGCUGGUACAACACGUGAUGCAGCACAGCCUCCCGGCCAUGGCUUCCAAGUUCCCCGUGAACAUCAAGAUCUCCAACCGAGAUGACAGACAGGAGACCACAUUGAAGCUGUCCAACAACGGCAUUAGCAGUAUCAACAUGUCAAUAGAAAUAAUGGAGUUGUCUACACAGGGACUUUAUCUCCUUCUACAAUACGAAGAAUUUCGGAUUGGGCAGGCCCAGCUCGAUUGGUUGAUCCCCUAGUGUUGACCAACGAAGUGGCUUUUGCUAAAUGUGAAUCCCAGUUUUUAAAGGUUCCACCACCAAGUGCCUUCAGUGUAGUUUUUAGCAAACCAUUGUACCUUUCAAUUUUCCCAGAGGCUG